GGAAAUAUGUGCACAACCAUGACAUUGAAAGAAGCCUCAUCAGCUGACACAGCCCACACAGAAGCCGCCUAUAUAAACCGUACUACUACAAACUCCAAAAACCCAACACAGACCAGAGUUUGGGAUUCCAAAUCCAAGAGGCAACCACAUUUCUAGAUCAUCAGAAGAUGAGGGUGGGCGCUCAUGAUCUGAAGCUCAAGGGGCUCAAGAGGUCUCUCAAGGAGCACAAGGCCAGGCUCUACAUCAUCCGUCGAUGCGUCGUGAUGCUCCUAAGAUGGCAUGAUUGAUCAAGCAAUUUGGAGUGAAUUUCUUCACAGUUUCUCUUACUUCUCUAUCUGACUGGCCAGCCUAGUGGCUGAAAUUUUGGGUCUCUAUCUCUGAUGUAUGUAACAGCUGUAUAUAACCUGUCAAAGUAGGAA